CUCUCUUUGUUCAGUUCAGAAAUCACCAUGAAAGGACGAAUGAUUAUAGUUCUAUUUCUAUUUCAAUUUCCAGUUCUCUCCUUAAGUAAUAACAAUCAUGAUUAUGCAGAUGCAUUAUCAAAAUCUAUUUUAUUCUUUGAAGGACAGAGAUCGGGAUAUUUACCGUCUGAUCAGAGAAUGAUAUGGAGGAGUAAUUCUGGUCUUGGCGAUGGUUAUCAAGGUAAUUUGAUUGGAGGUUAUUAUGAUGCCGGCGAUAAUAUAAAAUUCGGUUUUCCGAUGGCUUUUACGACGACAAUGCUGGCGUGGAGUGUAAUUGAGUUCGGUGAAUUUAUGCCGCCGACGGAGUUACGGAAUGCGUUGGUGGCGACUAGAUGGGCGACUGAUUAUCUUCUUAAGACGGUUUCGCAAUUGCCUGAUCGAAUUUUCGUGCAGGUUGGUGAUCCAAUUGAGGAUCAUAAUUGUUGGGAAAGGCCAGAGGAUAUGGAUACAGUUAGGACAGUUUACACUGUUGAAUCUCCAAAUCCAGCUUCAGAGGUUGCCGGCGAGACUGCGGCUGCGCUCGCAGCUGCUUCAAUGGCGUUUAAAUCAUCGGAUCCUGGAUACUCAGAGACCUUAAUCAGGGCAGCUACAUCUGCAUUUGAUUAUGCUGAUAAGAACAGAGGUGCUUAUAGUGAUAAUAACAAUAUUAGAAAUGGUGUCUGCCCUUUUUAUUGCGACUUCAAUGGUUAUCAGGAUGAACUAUUAUGGGGGGCAGCAUGGUUGAGAAGAGCCACUCAACAAGAUUCCUACCUUAAUUACAUAAAAGACAAUGGCAAAACGUUUGGUGCAGAUGAAAACAUUAAUGAAUUCGGUUGGGACAAUAAGCAUGCUGGCCUUAAUAUCCUUGUCUCAAAGGAAGUUCUCGAAGGAAAUUUGAUCCCAUUACAAUCAUACAGAUCAUCUGCCGAUAGUUUCAUGUGUUCUUUAAUACCCGAAUCCGAUUAUUCCCAUGUUGAAUACACUCCUGGUGGUCUCAUAUACAAACCUGGUGGAAGCAAUAUGCAACAUGUUACAUCCAUAUCGUUUCUCUUAUUAACCUACGCGAGUUACCUCGAUCGAUCUUCUCAGACUGUUAAUUGUGGUAGUGUAAGUGUAGGCCCAGCCAGGCUUCGCGAGCUCGCUAAGCGACAAGUUGAUUACAUAUUGGGUGAUAAUCCGAAAGGUAUGUCUUAUAUGGUAGGGUAUGGUAAUAACUACCCGCAAAGAAUUCAUCAUCGAGGAUCUUCUCUACCAUCUAUUAAGGACCAUCCACAAGCUUUUGCGUGUAAGGAUGGGUCGGUUUAUUAUAAAUCGGUUAAUCCGAAUUCGAAUGUGUUGGUUGGGGCUAUUGUUGGGGGACCCGGGGAAGAUGACUUGUAUGAGGAUGAUAGAAAUGAUUUUCGAAAGUCGGAGCCUACUACUUAUAUUAAUGCACCUUUUGUUGGUGUGAUUGGGUAUUUUGUUGGUAACCCUAAUUCGAGUUAAGUGUUUUGGAAUUGGAUAAAUUACGGGUGUAGUAGGGUUUGAGGAGUUGAAUAUGGUCUCUCAUCUUGUGCAAGCGAGGAUUGAAGAGGCUUUGCUAGAAUUUUACUUUACAAAAUAUCUUGAUAUUGAUAUUGUAAUAAUGAGAAUAAUCUUUAUGUCUUGCAAUCUUUUAUCAAUGUGACAUUAAGAUUAUGUUGA